UUGGUUAGUUUGAUCCACAUGUAAACUUCCCCAUCCUCGCUCAUCCACCGCUGAUCUCUCCUCGGUUCUUCCGUGUUUUUUAUGCCUUCUCCAGCCUGACAUCUGGCAUAUAUCACAUUCAAGAAUUUCGAAACAGUUUCUCCUCGAAGUCUGUUUGAAGCUAUUUCAAGUUGAGUGGUAGCCCGGACCGGGAACGAUGUUGCUGAGUUCCUCUUCCUGCCUUGCCGGACAUUUCCCUGGAGGAGCUUCACCCCAUGGGAUGAAUUACCCAAGGAAACCCAGCAAUGUGCCUCCUCCAGUGGUCACCAGAGCAACAACAGGCGUUCGGAAUAACUUGGAGGUUGUGCCAAAUUCAGGAAUCCUGCAGGGCAUGCACAGAGACGAACUGAAAGCUACAGUGAGGAAGCAGCUGCAGGGAGCUGAGCCAUCGGUGUCUUCAUACGACACGGCAUGGGUGGCCAUGGUGCCACUCAAGGGCUCUUCCCACGCUCCGUGCUACCCUCAGUGUAUCCAGUGGAUUCUCGACAACCAGCAGCUCGAUGGGUCCUGGAGCCAAUCGGCUGAAGUAAACAAAGACAUCCUCUUGUCUACAUUAGCAUGUAUCGUUGCUCUCAAGAGAUGGGAUUGUAGCCCAGAUCACAUCAGGAGAGGACUGCAUUUUAUUGGGAGAAAUUUCUCAGUUGCCAUGGAUGGGCAGAGUGUCUCCCCUGUGGGGUUUAACAUCACCUUUUCUGGUCUGCUUAACCUUGCUACUGAGAUGGGCCUGGAAAUUCCUGUUAUGAAAACAGACAUCGAUGGUAUUUUUUAUCUUCGGGAGAUCGAGCUAGCAAGGGAUGGUGGUGGUACAGUUGCAGCAAGGAAAGCCUUCAUGGCAUAUGUAUCAGAAGGGCUUGGGAGAAGACAGGAUUGGGACCUUCUGAUGGCAUAUCAGAGGAAGAACGGCUCAUUGUUCAACUCGCCUUCCACCACGGCUGCUGCAGCAAUCUACAGCCGCAACGACAGAGCGCUUGACUAUUUGGGUUCACUCACAAGCAAAUUUGGUGGCUCAGUGCCUGUGAUAUAUCCAGACGAUGUAUACUCCCAGCUUUGCAUGGUGAACACUCUUGAAAAGAUGGGGAUCUCUUCAGAUUUCGCUUGCGAGAUACGAGAUAUACUGGACAUGACAUACAGCUGCUGGAUGCAAAACGAGGAAGAAAUAAUGUCGGAUAUGGGGACGUGUGCAAAGGCAUUCCGCCUCCUUCGUAUGAACGGCUAUGACAUCAACUCAGAUGGAAUGGGUCAAUUUGCUGAACAAUCCUGCUACGAUGAUUCAAUUCAUGCAUAUGUCAAUGACAUCCAGCCUUUGCUGGAGCUGUACAGAAGUUCACAAGUUCGCUUCUCGGAAGAUGAUUUGAUCCUAGAAAAUAUUUGCUCUUGGUCAGCUAAGUUACUGAAGCAGCAACUCUCCUCAAGAAAGAUAUCAAAACCAUUAGUACAGGAGAUCGAGUAUGCCCUUGAAUUUCCCAUCUUUGCAACCGUGGAACCACUAGAGCACAAGGGGAACAUAGAACGGUUCAAGACAAACAGCUUCCAGCUUGUGAAAUCAGGACACUGUGGCUCCUCCAGCGCCAACACAGAAAUCCUCUCCUUGGCCAUCGACAAAUUCCGAUCCACCCAGUCCAUUUUCCAGCAAGAACUGCAGGAUCUCAACAGAUGGGUGCAGGAACACAGGCUGGAUGAGCUGAAGUUCGCAAGGAUACUGCCGCUGCACGCGUGCUUCUGUGCGAUCGUGCCGCUGUUCCCUCCCGAGCUGUUCGUGCCCCGCGUCGCGUGGAGCCAGAACGCGGUGCUGACGACGGCCGUCGACGACCUGUUCGACGGCGGGGGCUCCAUGGAGGAGAUGAGGAACAUGGUGGAGCUCUUCGAGAAAUGGGACGACCACGCCGAAGUUGGGUUCAGCUCCGAGAAUGUCGAGAUCUUGUUCAAGGCCGUGUACAACACGACCAGGCGAAUGGGUGAAAUGGCCGCGCAGCUGCAGAAUCGUAGCGUCAUGGAUCAUCUUGUGGAGCUAUGGGUGGUGACGGUGAGGACGAUGAUGACGGAGGCGGAGUGGGUGGAGAACAAGUACAUCCCGGCGACGAUGGAGGAGUACAUGCCGGUGGCGGAGCACUCCUUCGCGUUCGACCCCAUCAUCCCGACGUCGGCGUACCUGCUCGGCGAGCCGCUGCCGGAGGAGGCGGUGAGGAGCGAGGAGUACACCCGGCUGCUGCAGCACGCCAACACCAUCGGCCGCCUCAUCAACGACGUCGUGACGCUCGAGAGGGAGAUGCGGGCAGGCAAGCCCAACAGCGUCGUGGUGCGGGCUGCCAGCCGUGUCGGCGGCGCCAUGGAUCCGGCGGUCGUGGAGGCGGCGAAGGAGGAGGUGAGGAGGGUGAUCCGGAUGGCCCGGUGGGAGCUGCAGCGGCUGGCGUUCAGGGACGGCGCCGUGGUGCCGCGGCGGUGCAGGGAGCUGCUAUGGCACAGCGGCAAGGUGGCGAGCGUCUUCUACCGGGAGGAAGACGCCUACACCAAGGAGACGAUGCGGACCAUGGCCAACGCCGUGAUUCUCGAUCCGCUGCAGCUGCAACGAACACGCCCUACGCCUCCUCCAUGCUGAGUGUACAAAUACUUAAUUUAGGCACAUGUGUGGACUGUCGAACAGGCAGAGUCAAACUCCAAGCAGCCAUGGUGAAAUGCAUGCAGUCACAACGAAGUCGAAAGCAGAAAAGUAAACGGAGGCUCCAAGCUGGGUAUGUAUGUACGCUGACACGCAACUUCUUUGGUCGUCACACGUGGAAACACCGUUCAACAAACGCCACUUUGGGGAGUACGAACGGCGCUGUUUAAUUAGUCUUAGGAACACUUAUUUAAUUGCCAUGCACAGUUCUAAGCAUGUGAGUGUUUCUCUGUGUGUAUAUAUAUAAGCAAACGGUACGAAGCACCACGAGGACACCUGUGAAUAGGAGAGCAGGUUGCCUUUGAUCCACAUGUAAACUUCCCCUUCUCUCUUCCGUUCUCGAGAGUUUUUUCUGCUUCCCCAGCCUCCGGGGGCCAUCUGGUAAGUCCACCCUUUCCCUGUUGUCUCUUGAAAAGGGUGUGUUUGAUAAAAAAAAAAGUGUUACGUGGAGCCGAGUAUUCAUAGACUACGAUAAUCUUUACAUCAAGUUGUUACAUUGGGGUUUAACGUUGUCACUUCGAUUUAUUGUUUUUGUUCUUACAAUAUUUUGUAUGAUUCUAUAGCACAAAACACU